UAUUGGGAGUCGCCAUUUUGUUUAUUUUCCUUAAGAAGCAAUAUAAUCGUGUCUAGAUUGUGCCGUAGGUGCGUUGCGAAUUAAAAUCACAAUUGCGAGACAAGGAUAAUAUAUGGUCGGGUGGAGUCCCCUGGAAACAGGGGUGGAAAAAGGCAGCAGACAUUGGGCGCAUUGCGAGCAAGCACGUUAAAGUGACUGUAUCCGGUAAAAACAGUCUUCACAGCGGCAACCAGACUGCCAAAACUUGCUCGGCUACCCUGAAGAAAGCUAAGCCUACCGAGACCGCUUCCACAGAGACGAUGAACCACACAAACGACAAGGAAAUGGUCAAGGACGAGGUCGAAGCGAUGGAUACGCAGGAAGCUGAUCCUGUGCAAGUCUUGCCUGCAGACGGAGGAGGCAUCGAGUCUGACAACCAGUCGGUCAACGGAGAACUGCAGUUCCCCACGGGAGGUCCUCAGGACGCCGACAUGGAAGAGAACUUGUCCACAGUCGACGAGGCCAGGUCGGAGGCCACCUUUCGGUUCACGGUGACCAACUUCUCCAAGCUGAAGGACUCGCAGCUGUCGCCACCAUGCUUCGUGAGGAACCUGCCAUGGAAAAUAAUGGUCAUGCCGCGGUAUGGGCCGCCCCAGGACCGGCAGCAACAGCGCAGUCUUGGUUUUUUCCUGCAGUGCAACGGAGAGUCAGAGUCGUCCUCCUGGAAUUGCUACGCAGUGGCCGAGUUGAAGCUCUUGAGCCAGAGGGAAGGUGGAGAUGCAUUUUGUAGAAAUAUCAAGCAUCUCUUCUAUAGCAAAGAAAAUGAUUGGGGCUUCAGCCACUUCAUGUCCUGGAACGACGUCUUAGACCCAGAAAAGGGAUACAUAAAAGAUGACGCCAUUAUCCUGGAGGUUCACGUUCAAGCCGACGCACCCCAUGGCGUGUCAUGGGAUUCUAAGAAACACACAGGCUACGUGGGUCUUAAAAAUCAAGGCGCCACUUGCUACAUGAACUCGCUUUUGCAAACCCUGUACUUCACAAAUCAGCUUAGAAAGGCUGUGUACAAGAUGCCAACAGAGAGUGAUGACUCAACAAAGAGCGUAGCGCUUGCUCUUCAACGUGUGUUCCAUGAACUGCAGUUUUCUGACAAACCAGUAGGAACCAAGAAACUUACCAAGUCGUUUGGGUGGGAAACUUUGGAUUCAUUCAUGCAGCAUGACGUGCAGGAAUUCCUUCGUGUUCUGCUCGAUAAACUAGAAAGCAAAAUGAAAGGAACUUGUGUCGAGGGAACAGUCCCUAAGCUUUUUGAGGGCAAAAUGGUGUCCUACAUCCACUGCAAAAAUGUGGAUUAUAAAUCAACUAGACAUGAGACCUACUACGAUAUUCAGCUGAAUAUAAAGGGAAAGAAAAAUAUCGAGGAGUCAUUCAAGGAUUACAUCACAACCGAGGUUCUGGACGGAGAGAACAAGUACGACGCUGGCGACCACGGCCUGCAAGACGCAGAAAAAGGAGUCAUCUUUGCCUCCUUCCCCCCAGUUCUUCAUUUGCACCUCAUGCGAUUCCAGUAUGACCCAGUUACUGACUGCUCUGUCAAGUUCAACGAUAGGUUUGAGUUCUACGAGAAACUCAAUCUUGACUCCUUUUUGAACGAGCCAGAAUCGACCCCUGCAACUUAUACUCUGCACGCAGUUCUUGUCCACAGUGGUGACAACCACGGAGGGCAUUACGUUGUUUUCAUCAACCCCAAGGGAGAUGGAAAAUGGUGCAAGUUUGAUGAUGAUGUGGUUUCGAGGUGCACAAAACAAGAGGCUAUUGAGAAUAACUACGGUGGACAGGAUGACGACAUGAACAUGACUGUGAAACACUGCACCAAUGCUUACAUGUUGGUGUACAUCCGAGAUUCAGAGCUCAAGAACGUCCUGCAAAAGGUUGGGGAGGAUGACAUCCCGCAAGAGCUCUGUGAUCGGCUUCAAGAGGAGAAAAGGUUAGAGCAGGCGAGGCGCAAGGAGCGGAAUGAGGCUCACCUCUACAUGAACGUCCAUGUGUUGCUUGAAGACUGCUUCGAGGGUCACCAAGGCAAUGACCUGUUUGACCCAGAAAAAGCUCCAUUCAAAGUAUUCAGAGUUAAAAAACAAAUGACUUUGGAGCAGUUGGUAGACCACCUCGCUGAGAGCUUGAAAUACCCAAAAGAGCAAAUCAGGCCUUGGCCAUUUGGGUACAGGACAAACGAAACCAACCGGCCAACAUUCAUAGACCUUGAAGGCGACGCCAACAAGUCAAUAAUUGAUUUAGCAGAAAACAACACAACAUGGAACUUAUUCUUGGAAACCCUCAAGCCAGACUCCGAUCUCUCAGCUCUGCGCUCCUUUGACAAAGAUUCAGAUGUGUUGCUAUUUUUCAAAUUGUACGACCCGAAAACAAAGCAGAUUCGCUUUUGUGGUCAUCAGUACAUGCCUGUUGCAGCUAAAGUUGUUGACCUUGUGCCCAUUUUGAAUGAGAGAGCUGGCUUUCCUCAAGGCACAGAGCUUAUGCUUUAUGAAGAGAUAAAACCCAACACAGUAGACAGAAUCAUGAACGUGACUGAUCCUCUAGAAAAGGGUUUGGAUGAGCUGAUGGAUGGAGACAUCAUUGUUUUCCAAAAGGACGAGCACGAGGAAACGUCGGAUCUUCCCACUUGUAAAGACUACUUUAGGGAUUUGUAUUAUCGAGUUGAAGUUACAUUCUGUGAUAAGGCUAUUCCAAACGACCCGGGUUUCACAUUAGGCUUGUCUCAUCGCAUCAGCUACGACCAGUUGGCUGACUGUGUUGCUCAGAGGCUAGGAACAGAACCCUCACUGCUUCAGUUCUUCAAAUCUCAAAACUAUAAAGAUAGUCCUGGCCAUCCUCUUCGCUGCUCGUUUGAUGGAACCCUCAAGGAUCUCUUGCUGUAUUCAAAGCCCAAGCAACCCAAGAAAAUUUUCUACCAGCAACUAAAUAUUCCAAUCAACGAGCUGGAAAAUAAAAAACAGUUUAAGUGCAUUUGGGUGAGCCCUAAGUUGAAGGAGGAGAAGGAAUUGACCCUCUACCCUUGCAAGAAAGGCAAAGUCUUUGAUUUGCUGCAAGAGGCUAGAAAGGAGGUGGAGAUGUCGGACAAUGGCACCGGACAGCUGCGGCUGUUUGAGAUGUCUUGCUUCAAGAUUUCUUAUUGCCCUGGUGAAGACGUCCCUCUCGACCACCUCAACCAAACCACCAACAAAACAUACAGAAUAGAAGAGAUCCCAGCUGACGAACUGCAUUUGGCUGAAGAUGAGAUUUUGGUUCCAGUGGCCCACUUCUCAAAGGAUGUUUACGCCACUUUUGGAACACCCUUUGUCGUCAAAGUCAAAUACGGUGAUCCAUUCUCAAAAGUCAAAGAGAGGAUACAGAAGAAAUUAGGACUGCCAGAAAAAGAAUUUGAAAGAAUCAAAUUUGCGUUAGUCUUGAUGGGAAGGGCUCAGUACAUCAAUGAAGAGACCGAAUACGUAUUCAGCCAAAACGAUUUCAAAAGCAGCCUCUCUCAAGCUAUCCUCGUAAACACUCCACCGAGACCUUGGAUUGGUCUUGAUCACGUCAACAAGGCUCCGAAACGGUCAAGGUACACCAUGCUGGAGAAAGCUAUAAAAAUUUACAACUAAUUCAUCUGGAGAGAGCAUCACAUUUAAGCAGCGUAGGAAAAGAAUUAAUACCAAAUUAUGAAAACUGAUUUAAGUAAUCACACGAUUAAUCUUGUUAUGGUUGGCAUUUUGGUUUAUAAAAUGAAUAACUGCAAAAGUUCUAUCUAUAUAUUUAUUAAUUUCGAAUUAUUUCUUCACUUUCUGCUGCCAUAGCAAUACUACUUCUAAACUUUGUAAUGGAUCUUUCCUAAACUUACUAAUUGCUUUGCAAGUGAAAUGAUAAUUAUUAAAUACUAUGUGACUGAUUUCAUGCCAAUAUCUGCCCUGGAUGAAUUACGAACAUGUGAAAAGCCCCCCAAACUUCAGUGGUUACAUAAAAUCUUCUAGCAGUCCAUGCUAAAAACAAAUCAAUACCUGCCAGUCAUGUUGGUUUCCUAUUUUUAACUGCAUUGCUUUUCCAAGCAAACCGUGAUUUGAUUUUUAAAUUUGUUUUGGUUGUCUUAAAUGGUUUUUAUAAAAAAGCAACGUACAUGCAUAUAAAAUUUCAUUAGUUAUGAAUGCCUUGUUGUAUUUUGUAAAUAAAAAUUGUGUGGGUAAAUGGAAAA